AUGUCACCGGUGAUGGACGGCAGCCACCGGCUCGUAAAUCAGAUAAAAGAAACCCUGGAUGCUGAGAAGGGGACUGGGAGCGGCGAGAGGUUGAAGGCGGGUGAGGGGGGGGGGGGGGGGGGGAGGGCGAGGAAGAGGGGGGGGGGGGGGGGGGGGGGGGGGGGACGUGUCAGGAAUGAGGAAGCAGAUGCUAGCUCUCACAGGAAAUCUGCCGCAGCUCCCAUCCUCCCCCUCACCCCCUGCUCACCCUCACCCCCUGCUCACCCUCACCCCCUGCUCACCCUCACCCCCUGCUCACCCUCACCCCCUGCUCACCCUCACCCCCUGCUCACCCUCAACGCCCUGCUCACCCUCAACGCCCUGCUCACCCUCAACGCCCUUGGGAGCCGGUGGUCUGAGGUGUUGUCUUAA